AUGAUCUGGAGCCUGCAGAACAAACUGCGUUUGGGCACCGGCUCGUCCUCCAGUCUGACCGACCUCUCGAAAACCUCAGCAGCAGGAGGUGGAGGUGGAGGUGGAGGGGGAGGGGGAGGUGGAGGAGCAGGAGCGGGAGAGAAGGGAGCUGCGGCGCUGCCUGAGGAGUCUAGCAGGGAUAAAGGAACUCAGCAGAGGAGGGCCGGUGCCAACGCCACCUGGAACAGCAUCCACAACGCUGUGAUCUCAGUGUUCCAGAGGAAGGAGCUGGGAGAGAACGAGCUUUACACUCUGAACGAAGGAGUCAGGCAGCUGCUGAAGACCGAGCUGGGCUCUUUCUUCACCGAGUACCUUCAGAACCAGCUGCUCACCAAAGGCAUGGUCAUACUGAGAGACAAGAUCCGCUUCUAUGAAGGGGAAGGAGCCGUCGGUGCGACAGCUGGCUCUUCUUCACUUUAGGAACAUCAUCACCCUCAACCUGAAACUGGACGAGGCGCUGUCCCGACCCCGAGCCCGAGUCCCCCCCUCCAUCAUACAGAUGCUGAUGAUAUUACAGGGAGUCCAUGAAUCCAAAGGUUUAACAGAAAACUACCUUCGUCUGGAGGCUCUCAUCCAGAAGGUGGUUUCUCCGUACCUCGGAACUCACGGUUUAUACUCCAGAGACGAGUCCUCCAAUCAGCACUGCUCGUCCUGCCUGCUCGAAAAGCAUCUGUGGACCUCCUGGACCCCCAAAGCCGGAAGCGGCCUUCCUGUCAAGAACCCCGUGGUGCGUUCUAAGAGCUACAACAUUCCCAUGCUGACGCCCGUGGUGGAGCUCGACGCGGACUCGUCCGCAGGAAGUGCAGCCAGCGUCAGGCGCCACUCGGUGUGCGAGAUGCCGUCGUGUUUGGAGGAGAGCAGCCCGAAGGUCCGAUCUGCCUCCAGGAUGAAGAGCAGCAGCCGCACAUCCAGCCUCGCCAGCUCCUCCCCGACGUCCACAGGUUCUCCUGCUCUAACAGACAACCAGGACCAGCAGCCUUCACCCUGCAUCCUCCCCGAGUCCUCCCCGUGCGAAGAUGCUCUGUGCGCUGGCUCGCCGGAGUCCCCCUCCCCGCCGUCGUCCCCAUCCCCGAUGUCCCCGACAUCCCCGUCGUCCCCGUCCCCAUUGUCCCCCAGAGUUCUGGUCCAAGACACGAGCUCCAGUUCCAGCCCGGGGUCCAGCUUCGAGAUCAUGACGAUAGACUACAACGUGGAGUCGGAGCAGGACCAGGACGGCAUCUUCCUGGACUUCUCCUACCGCUGCUCCGGAGCCUCCAAACACAGCAGGGACAGCAAGAGGCAGAGCGUGGCCUGACACACACACACACACACACACACACACACACACACUCCACAUUUACAUGAGGAGUAAAAACUGCUGAGUCAUGAUGUGACCCCCUUCUGCCUUUUCCUAGAGACUCCAAAUCAUCAGGGACUUUUUCUAAACUGAACUAUUUUUCUACAAAAGUACUUUAUCAUAAAAAACAAACCACACUGAGCUUUUUAUUGUGAUUUCUCUCAAAUGUGAUUUUAACCUAAUGUGUAGACAGGGUUAUUAAAAAAAAAACACAGUGACGAUGCUGAAUCUCUUCAAUCUUGAAGCUGAAGUGUCAAACUGAAGCUCAACAUAUCAACAUAUUUUCAGAYUGUUGUUUAAGUUUCGUGUGAAUUUUUAAAGUUUGCCUCGAAAAGAACUUGAAUGUCUGGAUGUUCUGCUUUUUGUCUUCACAAAGCUUCAAAUCCUGCAGGAACAGAAGUGCCUUCUGCUGUUUGUGGCUUAAAAAAAUAAAUCCUCAUCGGUCAUGUUCUGCCACCAACCUGAUUAUCAGGGUCUUUUAUAA